GACAAGUAGCUAAGUAUUUAUCCAGUGAAGAAAGUGCAUUCCAAAAUAGAAAAUGCGAAGUGAUUAAAAAGAUAAUUUAGAAGAAGUUUCCGUGGUAUUCUUGAGUUUCUUUGAGUGUUGAGUGUAACAUAAAGCAAUAUUGAGAGUUCCUGGACAAAAAGGGCAAGUGCAGGAAAUGUCAGGAGGGCAGAAUUUCUACUUUGCCAGAGGGACGACGUCUCAGGGAGUUCAGGCGCAGGAAACAACAAUUGAUUUGCCAAAUAUUGAGUCAGGGAGCACUCCAGCUGAGAUCAAUCACAGUCCAAGUGUCCCUGAUGCGUCCACCAGACGCCUAGCCAACACUUUUCGGCUGCCCAACACAAUAAUGACGACAAAUUGGCGAGAAUUGACUCACAUGAUUCACUCAUCGUUUCUGGCCCAGGCUCAGCAGUCCCGGACAAUGAACAACUUCAGCACCUGGAUACCCACAAGUGGACCUACAGCUGUCAGGAGUACAGGCACAACGACCCACUCCUCAGACAGUUUUGUGAUAAAUGUCGAUGGACAGGCUCAGGGAAUUCUUCCCCCACCGAGUCCAGCAAUUGCAGACAAUGCUCCAAAUCCAAUGGCCAGUCCUCCAGUCUACAAUCACGAGGCACCAGACUUGAGGAUUCCCCAUCAUCAUCACCAUUCUGGACCCAGAAUCACCAGAGAUUCUGGCCCAGAGACUCCUGUCACAGAAGCUCUGUCACAGAUGCCCGAAAUCAGGGCUUUCCUGCAAAAUCUCAGCAGAUACAUGCCCUACGUUGGGAUUCUCCUGGCCAAAUCCUGCUACGAUCACAUCGAUGGCAUCCUGGACUGUUUCGUGCUCUUUGUCACCUUCUGCCAUGCCAAUUGGGUGGUGAGGCAGGAGGUGGCCAAGAAGCAGAACAAGCGCAUUCUGGCUCUCGUACGAGUGCUCAUCUACAUAAUCUUAGCCAUCGUGAUAGUCGGAUUUAUGCUGGAGAGAAAGAACAUCUACAUCAGCCUGAUGUUUGCAUCUUCCUUCUCGGAGCCCUUUGGCCUGAGGAACCUUCUCUUUUCCGUGGGCAUCACUGACCUAGUCCUCAAACUCAUCACUGUGGCUGUCAAGAUUCUCAUCACGCUGCUGCCAGCAUCACUUCUGGAGUACAAAGGGCGGGGACGCGUUUACCUAAUGACUGAGGCUGUUUCGCAGUUGUACCGAGCCCUGGCUCCAAUUCAGCCCUGGCUGGUCUUCCUUCUGGACUCCUACACUUCCUACGAGCGCAUUUGGGGCGUGAUUCUCUCAGCAACGUACAUGGCUGCUAAGGGCAGUGAUCUCCUGGCACGAGCCAAGUUCUUCAAGCGUUCCUUCAUCAAACUCUUGCAGAACGUCAGCUUUGGGGUCACUCCAUCCAAGGAGCAGCAACAGACAGCCGGAGGAACCUGUCCAAUCUGUCAUGAUUUCUACACGAAUCCCGUGCUGCUCGAGUGCAAUCACAUCUUCUGCGAGGCUUGCGUUGGAACCUGGUUCGACCGGGAACAAACUUGCCCUCUCUGCAGGGCGAAAGUAGUGGAGGAUCCCCAAUGGAAAGACGGAGCUACAACGUUCUUCGUUCAAUUUUAUUGAGCCAAUUGUACAAUUCUUUACUUAAGUGAUUGGUUGAAUUUCUUAGCAUUUCCCAUGCAGCAUUGCAAAAAAAUAAGAUUUUAUUAGGAAAUAAAAAUUGAAGGAUUA